AUGGCAGAGGGAGCCAGCAGCUCGCCCGGCCGGAGCACGCGCAUGUCGCGCAACGCAGCCUGCACCCACUGCCGUACCUCCAAGGUGCGCUGCAACCCCAGCUCCAUCGCCGGCCGGCCAUGCCAGCGCUGCACCAAGCUCAACCUCUCAUGUGUCGUCAAUCCCACAUGUCGCCGCACCACACGCAAGAGCCAACUUGACCAGCUUGCCCGCGAGGUGCAGGCCAUCAGGGAAACGGUGGUGGUGGAUAGCAUUAAUAUUGCUAGACAGCCGGCACUUCAAACACCCUCUAGUCCAAGCACCUGGUCACCCAGAGUACAGGGUGCCAACGAGGCUUCGUCGUCCAGUGUUACACCGGCUUUCUCUGCCGCUGCAUCAGAGCACAAUAGUCGUCAUGGUGACAACGCUGUCGUAGUCGACGAUACACCAGUCGACUCGACGGCAGUGCCCAGCGUACACAGGGCGCUCGACUCACAACCCUUUACUGGACCAGAUAUUGAUGAGCAUUUCAACAUCUACUUUCGCUAUUUCCAUCCCCACUUCCCUAUCCUUAGCCAACGUGACCCAAACAAGUGUUACGACACAAGCCCUUUUCUUUUCUGGGUCAUCGUUCUCAUCUCUUGCCGCCGUCGACCCACAAACACCAACCCUGCCACGAUCCGUCUUCUUGCAGAGCACGUUAAGCAUGAGACUGAUGCCGCUGUUCCCAAGGUGCCUCAGCCUCUCGCUCAACUACACGCCAUACUUCUUGUCGCUGCCUGGGGUUUGUAUCCGGGUGUUCGUUUCAUCAAUGAUCCGGCCUACUGGCUGAGUGGCAUUGCCAUCAACUCGUGCCUGCUGCUCGGCUUCCACACAGCCUCCGGCAGACACCCGGAGUACAACCAUGUCACUCUCGGUACCAUUUCAUCUGAUAUCGAGGCUGCUGUUACAUGGGUAGCGUCUGCUAUCGUAAAUCGAAGAUUAUCAACCAACCUUGGCCUCCCAUGCACAGCUCCAAUGAACAAGGCCACGUUGAACGUGAUCCAUGACGAAGCUAGUCUUCUACCCAUCAGCUUUCGCGUACAGCUCGAAUGUCAGGUCUUUAUGGACAGAGUCAAUAAGACGCUAGGCUCUUCUCUUGAAGAGUCCAACGGAGUACCGUAUGAGUUAGUCCGAAUGUUCGAGGAUGAAUGGGUCGCAGCCCGAGCACGAAUCAUCUCCAAACACACGGACCCAGUAUUAUCUCUCCACACCCUAUUUGUUCUCCUCGAGGUUCAGAUGUACUAUUUUCUCCCAAUACCAACCCAAAACAGUCAAUCGUCCCCCGCCGUUAGCUCACUCAGCGGUAGAGAUAAUCUCCCUCCCUCCAUCGAAGCAGACAUUCUGCGAUGCUACACUACGGCAUCAACCGUCAUCACCAGAGUAAUGGAUCUCGACAAGACGACAGAUCUUCUGCACUACCUCCCGCACUAUACCAUACGCCCCAUUGCACAUGCCGUUACCGUCAUCUUCCGUGUCAUCCGCUCUGAUCUGCCUCUGAGACACCUGCAGAUCGUCGUGCCGGAAGAAGCCUCUAAGUUAUCCGCUCACACUAUCACAAUCUCACGCCGCAUCUCAGCUGUUGAAGGGGAUCUGGCGUGGAGACUCGCACGGUGCGUUGAGCUGUGGGACACGACAAGCGCACCAUACAUCGCCGCCGCUGCCGCCAGUCGUUUCAAUGCACCAAUUGGUAAUGAAAACGAGAACAACAACAAUAGCGACCAAGCUGGCUCAGCUGGAGCUAGUCCAGACUAUGAGCCUGUACUCGUUGAGAUGUUCCGCCAGCGCAUGGUAGCAGCUUUAGGAUGGGAUUUUAUGAUCCGCUGGAAAAGCAAGCACGGCCCCGUGCAUAUGGGACCGUAUAAGCCACACCCUCAGACGCAGACCAUGGGAAUGCAUGUCAGUGUGGGUGAAGCUAGUAGUCACAUGCAACAUCAGCAGCAGACGCCAUCGACAAGUUCUACCGGAACUAGUGGUCCUGACGGUGGUCCUGCUAGGUUCCAAGUGGUCCAGCAGGACCAGCAGCUUUUUCAGUCACAGCAACAGCAACAGACCGGUAUGCCAGGGAAUGUUAGUAGCGCGACGGUGCCGCCGGGCGAGACGGAGCCCUCUCUCUCUUCUACGGGAACCACAGGUACAGACUCUCUGCUUGGAACCGACUGGGGAUUUCUCGACGACUUCAUCUGGGGGUUCGAUAGUCAGGAUCCGUAA